AUUAAUAAUAAUAAUAGUGCUAUUUGUGUUGUACUAUAUUAAUUUUUUGUGAUUACUUACUGUUGUGUGUAGUACUGGUGGUUAUUUGUGGUUUUCUGUGCACAAAUGUUAUCUUCUUUGCUAACAGUCACCAAACAGACAUUAGCUAUCAUUGACAGAAUGUGAUAAAAUGCUGUUAUAUUGUUAUAUACAUUAUGGCCACUUGCCCUGUGACUGCUGAGAUAAGCUCCAAAAUCCUACGGAACCCAUGGAUGGAUUAUUUGUUGGCAUAUUGUCGAUUUGCCCUUCUUGGACCUUACGCCUGCCGUAGCUGUCAGUACAGCCCAAUGACAGUCAUUGGUAUUCACUAGCUACUCGUUGAGAGACGCUUGAAAGAAGAUGCUUGUGUGUUUGUAGUUCUUCCAAGGGUAGUUAACAUGUCUCUCAAUGGAGGCGGAAGCAGAGGGUUUUAUUUCAACACCGUCCUGUCUUUGGCAAGGUCGCUGGCAGCUCACCGGCAGGCACCUAUAGACAAGGUUCAGAAGCUACAAUGCAUGUGUCCAGUGGACUUCAGAGGAAUCUUCCAGCUAGAUGAAAGAAGGAGAGAUGCUGUGAUUGCAGUUGGCAUUUUUCUAGUCGAGUCAAACCUGCAGCACAAAGAUGCUAUUGUUCCCUACCUUCUUGGGCUGCUUAAAGGACUCCCUAAAGUUCAGUGGAUUGAAGAAAGCUCGGAACGCAAAGGAAGGGAUACCCUUCCUGUGGCAGAGAAUUUCAGCUUUUGUCUUGUGACAUUGUUGUCAGAUGUCGCCCAAUGUGAUGAAACCUUACGAGGGCAGAUCCUGGAAGCAGUUAUGGACAUCAUGCAGGUCCUGCAAGAUAUCUGCAAAAAUCCAGAAGCUCAUGACAAAGAAUACCUAUGUAGGUACACUGUGCCCACCUUGCUUGGUGUUGCAAGAGCAUUUGGCCGAUACAGCAACACUGACGAGCCGUUACUAUCCAAGCUGUUUCCUCGACCAGUUGUUCCCUUACUGUCCACAAAUGAUGAUAGCGAUACUGUCCGGCGACGGUCCUUCAAUGACUUUCGUUCAAUCCUACCAAGCUCCUUGCUCACAGUUUGUCAGGGAGACUCUCUGAAACGCAAAGGCUCCUCUGUGUCCAGUGUGUCACAGCAGGCCAGUCCAGAGAGAGCAGGUCUGACACCCAACUCGCCCGCUGAUCCCUCUGCACAGUACUUUGAAGGUUCUUACCUCCCCGAUGGCAGUGCAGUGGACCCUGACUACUACUUCUCCACCAUAAGCUCCAGCUUCUCUGUGUCCCCUCUUUUCACUGGAAGCAGCACUGGAGAGUUUCACGUCCCUCUAGAUAUGCUCAGACAACUCCUUCACAUGGUUCAACAGAUUGUCUCUGAGUCGUUUUUAAAAUCACUGGAUGACACCUUGGCAGAACUUCAAGUGGUGAAUCCUGGUCUUCAUCUCUACUACAAAACCUUCAGUGAUCCUCUUUAUGUAGCCAUAUUUAAAAUGCUGAGAGACACUCUUUAUAAUAUGAAAGAACUUCAGACAGACUAUGUGAAGGAGGUUCAUGACUUUGUACUGGAGCAGUUUAGCAGCAGCCAGUCAGAGCUGCAAAGGAUUCUUCAUGAUGUCGAGUACCUCCAGAGUGAACUGAGCCCACUCAAACUGCGCUGUCAGGCUAAUGCCGCCUGUGUGGACCUCAUGGUGUGGGCUGUUACUGAGGAGCAGGGAGCUGAGAAUCUUUGCACCAAGCUCUCAGAGAAACUGCAAUCAAAGACAUCCAGUAAAGUCAUCAUUGCUCACAUGCCCCUCCUGAUUUGCUGCUUACAGGGGUUGGGUCGUCUGUGUGAACGCUUUCCAGUGGUGGCCCACUCUGUUACCACAUCCCUGAGAGACUUCUUGGUGGUGCCCUCUCCUGUUUUGGUGAAGUUGUACAAAUAUCACAGCCAGUACACCCCAGGUGGUAGUGAAAUAAAGAUUCAUGUGACCAAUGAACAUUCCCAGUCAACACUCAGCACCCAUUCGAGCAAGAAGAGCCAGCCCUCCAUGUAUGAGCAGCUUCGGGACAUCUCCAUUGAUAACAUCUGCAGGUGCCUUAAAGCUGGCCUGACUAUGGAUAAUGUCAUUGUUGAAGCUUUUCUCGCCAGUCUGUCUAAUCGUCUUUAUAUCUAUCAGGAAAAUGACAAGGAUGCUCACUUGAUUCCAGACCACACAAUCAGGGCUUUGGGUCACAUUGCUGUGGCCUUACGGGACACCCCCCGAGUAAUGGAGCCCAUCCUUCAGAUUCUGCAGCAGAAGUUCUGCCAGCCUCCCUCCCAGCUUGAUGUCCUCAUCAUAGACCAACUUGGCUGCAUGGUCAUCACAGGGAAUCAAUACAUCUACCAGGAAGUUUGGAAUUUAUUCCAGCAGAUCAGUGUCAAGGCAAGCUCCAUGGUUUACUCUACUAAAGAUUACAAAGAUCACGGAUACAGACACUGUUCCUUGGCUGUUAUAAAUGCACUGGGUAACAUAGCAGCAAACCUUCAGGCUGAGCAUAUGGUUGACGAGCUGCUAGUCAACCUGCUAGAACUCUUUGUUCAGCUGGGCUUAGAAGGCAAGCGAGCCAGUGAAAGGGCCUCAGACAAGGGCCCAACUCUGAAGGCAUCAAGCAGUGCCGGAAAUCUUGGAGUCCUUAUUCCAGUCAUUGCAGUGCUGACAAAGAGGCUACCACCAAUCAAGGAGGCAAAGCCACGCCUGCAGAAGCUCUUUAGAGACUUCUGGCUCUACUCCGUAGUCAUGGGAUUUGCUGUGGAGGGUUCAGGUUUGUGGCCAGAGGAGUGGUAUGAAGGGGUUUGUGAGAUAGCGACCAAAUCACCGUUGCUCACGUUUCCCAGUGGAGAACCUUUACGCUCAGAGCUGCAGUACAACUCUGCCCUGAAGAAUGAUACUGUCACUCCGGCAGAGCUGAAUGAUCUACGCAGUACCAUCAUCAACCUGCUGGAUCCUCCUCCAGAGGUGGCUGCUCUCAUCAACAAGCUGGACUUUGCCAUGUCCACAUAUUUGCUGUCUGUUUACAGAUUGGAGUAUAUGAGGAUGCUGCAUUCUCUGGACUUGGACCGCUUUCAGGUUAUGUUUCGAUACUUUGAGGACAGAGCAAUACAGAAGGAUAAAUCUGGUAUGAUGCAGUGUGUGAUUGCUGUUAGCGACAAGGUUUUUGAGGUCUUCCUGCAAAUGAUGGCUGAAAAACCAAAAACCAAAGCCCAUGAGGAGGAGCUUGAACGCCACGCUCAGUUCCUCCUGGUGAACUUCAACCACAUCCACAAAAGGAUCCGUAGAGUGGCUGACAAAUACUUGUCUGGCUUGGCUGAAACUUUCCCCCACUUGUUGUGGAGUGGCCGUGUGCUGAAGACUAUGUUGGACAUUCUGCAGACUCUUUCCCUCUCACUCAGUGCAGACAUUCAUAAAGACCAGCCUUAUUAUGACAUCCCAGAUACACCAUACAGAAUCACUGUCCCAGACACGUAUGAAGCCAGAGAGAGCAUAGUGAAGGAUUUUGCAGCACGCUGUGGAGAAAUUCUUAAAGAGGCUAUGAAGUGGGCUCCAUCUGUGACCAAAUCCCACCUACAGGAGUAUCUAAACAAACAUCAGAACUGGGUAUCAGGCCUCUCCCAGCACACAGGCCUAGCCAUGGCCACAGAAAGCAUCCUGCACUUUGCUGGUUACAACAGGCAGAGCACCACACUUGGGUCCACUCAACUAACUGAGAGACCAGCCUGUGUGAAAAAGGACUACUCAAACUUCAUGGCCUCCCUCAAUCUCAGGAACAGAUACGCUGGAGAGGUAUCAGGCAUGAUCCACUUUGCCCAGGCAGUCCGGGGACAGUCUGAUUUGGGCCGACUGAUGAUUAAACAGUUGGGAGAAGCAUUAGACUCUGCACAGCCUGAGGCUUUUACUGAGGCCAUGUUCAAACUGACUGCCUUGCUCAUUAGCACCAAAGAUUGUGAUCCUCAGCUCCUGCACCACCUGUGCUGGUCUCCACUCAAGAUGUUUACAGAACAUGGUAUGGAAACAGCAAUUGCCUGUUGGGAGUGGCUGCUGGCGGCACGUAUAGGAGUGGAAGUACCGUUCAUGCGAGAGAUGGCAGGAGCAUGGCAGAUGACUGUGGAGCUGAAGAUGGGCUUGUUCUCGGAUGCUCAGGUGGAGGCUGAUCCUCUCGCUGCCUCAGAGGAAAGCCAGCCCAUCCCCUGCCCUCCAAAUGUCACCCCUCACCAUGUCUGGAUAGAGUUUCUGGUCCAGAGAUUUGAGAUCGCAAAAUACUCCAGUGCAGAUCAAGUGGAAAUCUUUGGCAGUUUGAUGCAGCGCUCUCUGUCUCUAGAUGUUGGUGGGGCUAAGAGUAGCCUCAACCGCCAUGUAGCUGCCAUUGGACCUCGCUUCAGGCUGCUCACUCUUGGUCUGGCUUUGCUCCACUCUGACGUCGUCACCAAUGCAACUGUAAGAAAUGUGCUCCGGGAGAAGAUCUACUCUACUGCCUUUGAUUACUUCAGUGUGGCUCCAAAGUUCCCCACCCAGGGUGACAAGCGUCUCCGUGAGGACAUCAGCAUCAUAAUCCGUUUUUACGCCAGCAUCCUGUCUGACAAGAAGUACCUGGCAGCAUCUCAUUUGGUCCCACCUGGUGAGCUUGGUACUACCCCAGCCCCGAGCACGCUCUCUGCUGGGAUAUUUGGAUCGCUUAUCGUGUCCAGCACUUCUCCAAUAUCUAUCUUAAAUAAUCAGGAUGCAUCUUUGAACAGCCUGUCAGUGAUGAACGCUGCUGAUCUAAGGGGCAACAUGGAUUCCAGCUCCCGCACCCAACAGACUGGCCAGGGAUGGAUCAAUACGUACCCGCUGUCGAGUGGCAUGUCCACCACAUCCAAAAAAUCAGGCACAUCCAAAAAAAGUAACAGAGGAACGCAGCUUCACAAAUACUACAUGAAACGCAGGACUCUGUUGCUGGCAUUACUGGCUAGUGAGAUCGAACGGUUGACAACGUGGUACAACCCCCUCUCCACACAAGAGCUGGCCAUUGCCACAGAGCAGUCAGUGGAGACAAGCAUCGCCAACUGGAGGUCCAAAUACAUCAGCCUGACAGAGAAACAGUGGAAGGACCACGUCAACCUGGCCUGGAGUAUCGCUCCAUACCUGGCUAUGCAAUUACCAACAAGAUUUAAGAAUGACGCCAUUGUUGCUGAAGUGACCAGACUUGUGAGACUGGACCCCGGUGCAGUCAGUGAUGUGCCUGAGGCUGUCAAGUUCCUGGUGACAUGGCACACUAUUGAUGCUGACUCCCCUGAGUUGAGCCACAUCUUGUGUUGGGCUCCGGCUGACCCACCCACUGGUCUGUCCUACUUCAGCAGCAUGUACCCUCCUCAUCCCCUUACUGCUCAGUAUGGGGUUAAAGUGCUACGCUCUUUUCCUCCAGAUGCCAUCUUAUUCUACAUUCCUCAGAUUGUUCAGGCUCUGCGUUAUGACAAGAUGGGUUACGUGAGAGAAUAUAUCCUGUGGGCAGCCCAGAAGUCUCAGCUUCUUGCCCACCAGUUCAUCUGGAACAUGAAGACCAACAUCUUUAUGGAUGAAGAGGGCCACCAAAAGGACCCUGACAUUGGGGAGCUGUUGGAGCAGAUGGUUGAGGAGAUCAUAGGUUCACUGUCAGGUCCUGCCAAAGAUUUCUACCAGAGAGAGUUUGACUUCUUCAACAAAAUCACCAACGUUUCUGCUAUUAUCAAGCCAGUUCCAAAGGGCGAGGAGAGAAAGAGAGCUUGCCUCAAAGCUCUGUCCGAUAUCAAAGUGCAGCCAGGUUGUUACCUGCCUAGUAAUCCUGAAGCCAUAGUACUGGACAUUGAUUAUAAGUCUGGAACACCUAUGCAGAGUGCUGCCAAGGCUCCCUAUCUGGCCAAGUUCAAGGUGAAGCGCUGCGGAGUGAGUGAACUAGAGAGGGAGGGUCUCCGCUGCCCAUCAGACUCUCUGGAAGAUGGAGAGGAGAAUCCAGAUGGGUCAAAGAAGGUUUGCUGGCAGGCAGCCAUCUUCAAAGUGGGAGAUGACUGCAGACAGGAUAUGCUUGCACUGCAGAUCAUAGGGCUUUUUAAGAAUAUCUUCCAGCUGGUCGGCCUGGAUCUGUUCGUCUUCCCUUACAGAGUGGUGGCUACUGCACCAGGGUGUGGUGUGAUUGAGUGCAUCCCAGAUUGUAAAUCCAGGGACCAGCUCGGUAGACAGACUGACUUUGGGAUGUAUGAUUACUUCCGGAAUCAGUAUGGUGAUGAAUCCACCCUCGCCUUCCAGAAGGCUCGUUACAACUUCAUCCGCAGUAUGGCCGCUUACAGCCUUUUGCUGUUCCUGCUGCAAAUCAAAGACAGACACAAUGGCAACAUCAUGCUGGACAGCAAGGGCCACCUCAUUCACAUAGAUUUUGGCUUCAUGUUUGAGAGCUCUCCUGGAGGUAACCUGGGCUGGGAGCCAGACAUCAAGCUGACAGAUGAGAUGGUGAUGAUCAUGGGAGGCAAGAUGGAGGCCACACCUUUUAAAUGGUUCAUGGAGAUGUGUGUCAGAGGAUAUCUGGCUGUACGCCCAUACAUGGAUGCAGUAGUUUCUCUAGUGACCCUUAUGCUGGACACUGGACUCCCAUGUUUCAGAGGACAAACCAUAAAACUUCUCAAAGGACGUUUUAAUCCACAAAUGAGUGAAAAAGAAGCAGCAGCAUUCAUCAUCAAAGUCAUCCAAAGCUGUUUCCUCAGUAGCAGGAGCAAGACAUACGACAUGCUGCAGUACUACCAAAACCAGAUUCCAUACUGAAGAUCGUCUGUCAGCCUUCCACUGUGCAUCCAGAACAAACGAGCAAUGCUGUGUUUUUAUAAAACUGAAUGAGGUGGUGGUCCCGAACACUACUCUGCUCCUCAGAUUUUGGCAAAAAUGAUGCACUUUAACGCUAAAUCAUCUCAUUCUCAUGUAAUUACUUACACAAGACUGAAAAAUGAUGUGUGUCGUUUACUAAACAGGUAUCUGAAACGCCCUUUAAGUAUUUUCUUGAUGCUGUUACUUGUUACUGUGCAAACACUAACUUAAGGGUCACAUUAGAGGAACUUGGCCUAAAAGGGAGCCAUCUUUACAGUGUUUGUAAAAAGCAGCUGUUAUCAUUUUGUUCCUAUGCUGUUACCCAUUUUGAUGCACUUUAUUGAGUACAGUAUUUCUGCAGCUUCACCUGCCUACAGUCGAGAGAUUAAAGCUCAAAUGUAAGACAUUAAAAUACUCUGAAAAAAAUGUAGAUGUUUUUAAAUUCAUCCAAAAUGAACGCAGCAGUCAAUCAACAUUUAACCUAACAGUAGUCUUUAGAAAUGUAAAGGUGUUUAGAGAAUCAGACAUACUCAUGCUGUAGCUUGUACUGUAGAUUAUUUGCUGUAGAAUCACAUCAGCACAGGCGGUUUCUGUGAUAUAUGUGUAGAGUUAUGUGUGACAAACUUUUAACUGUGCUAAUUUGAUGGUUACACCUUUUCAUGCAAGUCUUUAUAUGUCAUAUCUGUUGUAUGGAGGCAUUUUUACACUAAACUUUGGUUCUGGUUGAGCCUUUUGUUUCCACUAAUUUACCAAUAGUUGUCAUUGUAUCUCUAUUUGUCUAGAGCAGAUGCACACAGUAGAAAGUUCUGCGAAGUUAUACAUUUAAGUAGCACUUACUUAAUCUGCAAAACAGCUCACGUUAGUACAAUUACUGUUAAAUAACACAUAAAGAGAGCAAGUGUUGCAGCUGGAAUGUGCAUGGCAUAUGUUACUCACAAUCAAAAUACAAAACUUAUUUUGUAUGAACAAAAUAGUUACAUUAACAUACGCGAAUAUGAGCAAUAUUAAAAGACUUUCAUGCAGC